GACGUAACAAGGGUCGAGUUCGCUCCCCCAGAUGCUCGUGUAAGCUCCAACUUCCAAGUGCAUCAACAGGUAGCGGCCAGAAAGAAAACAAGACACCCAUCUUCAAUCAGAGAUAAUACGUUGGCUUCACUUGGCACGCUCCGCCCUCUUGAGCAUAGAUCCGUUAUGAACCCUAAUCCUCUGUCCGACCGCGAGAAGGCGCUGGAGAACCAAUGGAUCCGAGAGCGAGAGAAACAAUUGGCCAAGCAGAGAAGCGCCAAAAAGGACACAGCCAAGGAGACAGCCAAGGACAGCGGUAGCGGCGCUGGAAGUCGUAAGGGGCAAGAGCAGACCGGACAGGAGAAGAAGUGAGGUUCGUGCUAGGCAGUCCUUCAAGGCUUUCAAUUCUUGACUCAAUCUAAAAAACUCGUUGCCUCAAAAUGCAUCCAUAUUGCAACGCCCCCGCCCCCCAAGCAUUGCAUCCCCCCCAAAUCAUUGCUUGGUCGCAGAGCUGGUUCGUACCCUUGUUGCCUCCGGCCAGCGAUGGAAGGCUCCGUUUUGCGCAAGGGGAUCAAGAUCAAAAUCAGUCACUCGUCGGC